AUGCUCGGCGGCCAACUUCCAAGCGUCGCUGCUCCAGUCCCACAACCAAUCACAAAACCAACCAAAGGAGGUCAACAAGUACUUCGACCUGGCUAUGGUACCAAGGGGCGCAUGAUUCGUCUUCACUCCAAUUUCUUCCCAAUCGAGUAUCGUGGCAUCAAGAUUGCACAAUAUGACGUAGACAUAUUCCCAACCAGCAAUGUAACUGUCAAACGUCAUAUCAUUGAAGCUUGGAAAAGGAACUAUGCAGCCUCCUUUCCUGGAAACAACAAUCUCCAACACGUUAUAAAACGCAUCAUAUUCGAUGGCUCCAAGAUCAUGUUUGCCUUGGAAGCACUCCCGUUCAACACUCAACAAGAGUUCGAAGUCCAAGUCCCUUGGCAUGAAGACACGCGAUUCCCCUGGCCUCAAGACACUCGAUUGAAGACCUGGAGCGUCAAGGUUCAACCUACUACUAUAGUAGACUUGAGCUUGUUGAAUUCAUACUUGACGUACAGUGACGUUGGUGGGCAACCAGACCUUCCUCGGGCAGCAUUCCAGGUCCUUGAAGUCUUGAUCAAGCACCAACCAGCUCAGCUCUUCAACACUGUUGGUCGAAAUGGACUUAUGGUUCAUCUUGGAUGGUUCCAAUCAGUUCGAGCUGGAUAUCAAUCCUUGCUCUUGAACCUGGACGUGUCUGCCACUGCAUUUUAUGAAGUCGACACUGUAUAUAACGUUGCCAGUCACUUCUUCCAUCACCAAAGUCUCAUGGCUAUUUGGCAUCAGCUCAGCCAAAGGCAAACCAAGAGCUUGACCAGCUUCUUGAAGGGCGUCAAGGCUCAAACAACCUACCGAGGUGGAAUCAACGAUGUGAGAUAUCGUAUCGUUGGUGUCGAUAGCAUCUCGGCUGCUCAACGAAAGGUUCCUCAAAAUGGUAAUGAUGAAGAUAGUUCUCCAGAAUCCAUUGUGCAAUACUACUACCGAAUGUAUGGUAUCCGAUUGCAAUUCCCGGACUUGCCUUGUGUCAUUGCUGGAGGAAAAACUCCAAAGUAUCUUCCAAUGGAGCUCUUGAAAGUCAAGUCUGGACAACGACACACCGGACUUCUCAAGCCAGAGCAAUUGGCCGAGAUGAUCAAGGAAACUGCCAAAUCUCCAAUGGAUCGUUUUCAACGCAUCAUCAAGGGAGAAACUACUAUCCACAACAAAGAAUUCAACGAUUUUAUGCUCGACUGGGGUUUACAAGUCGAGAAGCGCCUUCUACAAGUCCAAGGCAGAAUACUUCCCCCUCCCAGUUUGACAACUGCUGGUGGUCGAGUGGUCCAGCCUAGGAACGGUGCCUGGCAAAGUCAAGGCUUCUUCCAUCCAUCCACCGUACAGCUCAAAUAUUGGUCCAUAGUAACAGUCGACACCCAACUCCGUGACUUUGAACGUCGAGCUGUCGAGAACUUCCGUGGUGUCCUCUCCCAAAUGCUCAACAACAAGGGGUUGACGGUACUCAACCAGCAACCUGGUAUCAUCGAUGGUACGCGAUUUGGUGGAGACAUACAAAAGAUGCUCCUUGAAGCUGGAAAAGUUGCUAUAAACAAUGCCCCAAAGCAACGACCUCAGCUCAUCAUUUGCAUUCUUGCACGCAAGAACAAUCCUUUGUAUCCCGACAUCAAGCGUGUGGCUGAAACCACAUUGGGAGUGAUGACACAAUGUGUUGCACUUCCCAACUUGACCAAAGAUCGUGGUCUUGAUAUGUACGUCGACAACGUCACGCUCAAGAUCAAUGCCAAACUUGGUGGCAUCAACACCGCCCUUGAUCCUGCUCGUGCUGAAUUGCCAGAUUUCGUCAUGAGGAAGCCUACAAUGUUCAUGGGUGCAGAUGUCACUCAUCCAAAGCCAGGCAGCACUGUACCGUCUAUUGCUGCGGUUGUUGGAUCCAUGGACAAUCGAUUCUGUGUAUACAACAGUGCCAUCAGCUCACAAACCACUCGUGUCGAAGUCAUUGGAGCCAUGAAGAAAGGAGUAAGAGAGCUUUUCGAAAACUUCAAGGUCAGGAACGGAGUCUAUCCUCAAAAGAUAGUCUUCUUCCGUGAUGGUGUCUCUGAAGGCCAAUACCUUGAAAUUAUGAUGUCUGAAGUUCGUGAUAUCAAGCAAGUAUUCCAAGACAUUAGGGUCGAGGGUACUUUGACAUUCAUUGUGGUUACCAAACGACAUCAUGCAAGGUUUGUACCUGUGGAGGAGCGAGAUGCCUCACCUCGAAAUGGCAACUGUCCUCCUGGUACCACUGUCGACAGUUCGGUCGUCCAUCCAUUUGCGCAUGACUACUAUCAAUUCGGCAGUGAUGGAAUCAAAGGCACUUCUCGACCUGCACACUACCGAGUCCUCUUCGAUGAACAUGAUUUGGAUGCUGACUCUCUCCAAGGGUUAACUUUCCGACUCUCACAUCUCUACGCACGCUGCAACCGUUCAGUCUCUUUGGUUGCUCCCGUGAUGUACGCACACUUGGCUGCCGCGCGAGCUCGCAUGCUUCUCCCAGAUUAUGAUGGAGGCUCCUCUGAAGGCUCUGCUGGUGCACCUCAAGCUCCGAUGAAGGAGAUUUUGCCUGGUGUUCGAAAAACCAUGUGGACGCCAAGCAUGACGAAAGAGAAAUGUGUUCUGCAAGCGCAUGCAUAUGCCAAAAUAGUUCUCCACGCUGCCAAAUACCCGAUAUUCGCUGUGAAUGGAAUUGUUAUUGGAACUGUUGACAAAGAUGCUAGCACUCUACAUAUAGAGGACGCAAUACCGUUAUUUCACGGCACCGGCGUGUAUCUGGAACCAAUGACUCUGGCUGCAUUGCAACAUAUUCAAGAAUACUGCAACCAAACCAGUCGUCAAAUCGUUGGAUGUUAUGUUGCCAACGAAUCUCACUCGGAUACAUCCAUACCUGAACCAAUUCAUAAAUUGGCGACUAAGAUACAAGAGAACUUGAAGGGCCAUGGUGUAUUGAUGGUGGUGGACAAUUCCAAGCUAGGUGAAACGGAAGUCGCUAUAGAGCCUUAUACAUUCCACGCUGGCUCUUGGACGGCUCUAGACACGACCCUAUGGAAGACCGAAUACCCAGAAUCAUUACCCAAAUUGAUUCAAUCAUCCGCAUACGAUAAAUUAUACGAUUUCGAUAAUCAUCUGGAUAAUGUCACGCUGGACUGGUUGCAGAACCAAGAGCUGGACAAGGUCUUGAAGAAAUGA